AUGCUCACGAGAAAAUGCGCCUUGUCUUGCCGAUCGGCCGCCCCUUUGGUGGGCUGGGGAGCGGGUCACUACCGCAGGGCAGGUCAGGGGGUUUUUAUGGGUUUAGGGCAGUUGGAGUGCUCGCCCGAACCGGGAAAAGCCCUCGAGCACCGCUGUUCCUUUGAUGGCAGGAGCUGCAGCACCGCACCCGGGUCUGCAGACAGCCUCAAGUGCGACCUCUUUGAAGAGACCUUGUUCCCUUACAUCAAAGACAACGUGAAGGAGUAUCUGCGUGCUCACUGGGAGGAGGAGGAGUGCCAGCGGGAUGUCGGACUGCUGAGGAAACAGGCUCAGGAGGACUCCAGCCUGGCCGGGGCCGUGCCGAUCCCCCUGGAGAGCGGCAGCGGGGAGGAGGAGCUGGAGCGCGUCAUCCAGGCCGUGGUGGACAACGUGCACUGGCAGAUGGCCCUGGACAGGAAAACCACGGCACUGAAGCAGCUGCAGGGCCACAUGUGGAGGGCAGCCUAUGCCACCGGCCACGUCAAAGGAGAAAUCUUUGAGGAUGUUGUUCCAGCCAUCAGGAAGUGGCGGGAAGCAGGGAUGAAGGUCUACAUCUACUCUUCAGGCAGCGUCGAAGCCCAGAAGCUCCUGUUUGGAUACUCUACAGAAGGUGAUAUCCUAGAGCUCUUCGAUGGCCACUUUGAUACUAAAAUAGGCCCCAAGGUAGAAAGUGAGAGCUACAGGAGGAUUGCCGCCAGUAUUGGGUGUGCCACCAACAACAUCCUCUUCCUGACAGAUGUCCCUCGAGAAGCCAAUGCAGCCGAGGAGGCGGACACUCACGUGGCUGUGGUGAUCAGACCGGGCAACGCAGGACUGACGGACGAUGAGAAAUCCUAUUACAGCCUCAUCUCGUCUUUCACCGAACUCUUCUUGCCUUCCUCCACUUAGGGAAAGCGGUGCACGCACAAAAGA